ACCUUCCGUUUCUCACUGCACUGUUAGAUCAUGCCCUCCCCUAUUGUUUUCUCAAUUCCUCUGCUGAUUCGCUGCUCCUCCUGAAUUUGCUUCCCUGACUCCCACCCCCACCACUUCUUGCCCUUCUCCUUCUUUCGCUCCCUAUCCUUGUGUCGCCUCCCCGUGCAUGCAUGUCUUGUGCUUGUUCCUUGGCCCCUGAAUUCGCGAUCCAUCCAAACAGGGGGGUUUUCGGGGUUUUCCCGAGUAUUGGGCUUGAUUGGUCGUGAUCUUGGUUGUUUCGGGGUCGGAUGGGUUCCAUGAUUUGCAUGAACGAAUCGUGCGGGACUCCUUGUCCCGACUGGACCAAGGGUUGGCCUCUCCGAUCUGGUGGCCUCGCUCAUCUCUGCCUCCAGUGCGGGUCUGCCUAUGAGAACUCCCUCUACUGCGAUCUUUUCCACCAGGAGGAAUCUGGCUGGAGGGAAUGCAGAUUUUGCGCCAAGCGCCUCCACUGUGGAUGCAUUGCCUCAAGUUCUUUGGUCGAGUUCGUGGACUAUGGAGGUGUCAUGUGCAUUAGUUGUUCAAAGAAUCAAACUCAUCCACCCACUUCAACUGAAGAUAGAGGAACAGAUGAGGAGAAGCUGAUGCAGUUAUACAAGUUCAUGUCCAAUGAACCGAAAGUCUUGCUUCAAGCUCCUAGAGAUGAUAUUCGUGCUUCUUAUGGGGAAGUACAACAAGAGACAAGACCAUUCAGUGGGGAAGCUGCUAUUGAUUUGUCACAUGGGACUGACCCCACAGUUGGAUCACAUAAGUUGACGAAAUUGGAGGACGGCAAAUUCUUGUUAAAAUUGAAGGAUACACACAGAUCUCUUCCACAUCCAUCUCUGAAUAUCAGUUUGGGAUCCCCAGGUGUAAGUUCUCAUAUCGUGUCACCUUUCUCUGGUGGGGUUGGGGAAGGAAGUCAGACCGUGGGGCCUUCUUCCCUCCAUCAAGUACCAAGGUCUCGUCCAAUCUUGCCAAAACUUCCUAAAAGUGGCAUAGCAGGUCCAGAGACAAUUAAAAUUCCUCCAGUGCGUGUUGCCAGGCCACCCGCUGAAGGGCGGGGAAAGAAUCAAUUACUUCCUCGAUACUGGCCUAGAAUCACUGACCAGGAACUGCAGCAAUUGUCUGGAGAUUUAAACUCUACUAUCAUUCCCCUUUUUGAGAAGGUUCUUAGCGCGAGUGAUGCUGGUCGAAUUGGUCGUUUGGUCUUGCCAAAAGCUUGUGCUGAAGCAUACUUUCCUCCUAUAUCUCAAUCAGAAGGUAUUCCAGUGCGAAUUCAAGAUGUAAAGGGAAAUGAAUGGACUUUUCAGUUUAGAUUUUGGCCCAAUAAUAAUAGCAGAAUGUAUGUUUUAGAGGGUGUUACGCCUUGCAUACAGUCCAUGCAGCUCAGAGCUGGUGAUACAGUAAUAUUUAGUAGGAUCGAUCCCGGAGGCAAGCUCAUUAUGGGUUUUCGCAAGGCAUCACACUCUAGUGAUCUGCAGGAAAACCAAGUAUCCAUAGUCCCCAAUGGGGAUGUAUCCAGGGGAGGUUCCUUCCAGACCUUCAUGGGAAGUCUACCCAUAGUUGAUGAUUACUCUAAUCUUUUCCGGACUUCAAAUGGAAUCAAGGAUCCCCGCUUGAAUCCUUCAUCUGAGCUUCUCAGUAAUAACGAUGCUGACACCUGUUGCGACAAGACUGAGGACGACGUGGGCAGGACAUGUCAAGACCCGGCCAAACAAGCAUUGCCGGUUCCUGAAAAGAAAAGGACUCGUAACAUAGGGUCAAAAAGCAGGAGAAUGCUAAUACAUAAUGAAGAUGUUCUGGAGCUUAGACUAACAUGGGAAGAGGCUCAAGAUUUGCUACGACCCCCACCAUGUGUAAAACCAAGCACCGUCACUGUUGAGGGUCACGUUUUCGAAGAAUAUGAUGAACCCCCAGUAUUUGGAAAGAGGACUAUAUUCGUAAGCCAGCUCUCUGGGGGACCUGAACAGUGGGCUCAGUGUGAUGACUGCUCCAAAUGGAGAAAGUUGCCUAUGGAUGUUCAUCUUCCUUCUAGAUGGACAUGUUCGGACAAUGUCUGGGACUCUAGAAGGAGAAUUUGUUCCGCACCAGAUGAGAUGAGCCCAGAGGAGCUGGAGAGUCUUCUCAGAGUGAACAAAGAUGUUAAAAGACAAAGGGUUGAUGAGGACCAUAGGGAAGAUUCAGAUGGUGAAACUUCUGGCUUGGAUGCUUUAGCUAGUGCUGCUGUUCUUGGGGAGAGCAUAGACGACCCAGGUGAGCCAUCGAGUGGGGUGACCACAAAACACCCUCGUCAUCGUCCAGGUUGCACAUGCAUCGUGUGCAUCCAACCCCCCAGUGGGAAGGGUAAGCACAAGCCUACGUGUACCUGCAAUGUGUGCAUGACAGUGAAGCGCCGUUUCAAAACUCUGAUGUUGCGGAAAAAGAAAUGCCAAUCAGAUUGGGAGGCCGAAAAUAUGCACAAGGACCUGAUUCAUCAUGGUCAUGAGUUAGGAACUGACGGAACUUUAGCGAAUGCUUCAUCUGAGAUAAAUCACGGAGAGAAUGUAACCAGUCAGAUGAAAAAGACAGAGGUGGCAGAUAGCAGCAAUGGCCAUAUUGACCUGAACUGCCACCCCGACCACGAGAAUGUGCAGCCUGAUGGAGAAAUACGCAGCAUCACGGGGUUUACUCAAGAAACUAAGUAUCUUUCAGCAAAUGAUUCAACUCACGGUGUGAUUCCCACCUUGCAAUGUGAGCAUCUAGCCAGCACAAGCUCCAGUUUGUUCGGACGGACCGUCGAAGAGAAGGAGAAACGACUGUACAACGGAGAGUGCCUUCCAUCCAUUUCAUAUGAAACUAAUGAUGCAGGCGAUGAAGGGUAGUCCGAGGCUCUCAAAGUCUCUCUGCUGAAACAUCUUUUGGUUGAGAUUGGACUUUUCGAGUUUACAUUUUGUCUCCUCUUUUUUGAAAUUUGAGAAAUUACAAAAUGUUACUUAAUAUGUGGGGAGUGUUGAUCUGGAACGAGUUCACCCGACAAUUUUGGGACUUUUGCAUUUCAUUCCGUGUUUGAUAUAGAUAUCAGGAUUGAGAAGGGACAAUAAGUUUCUGUGUUUGAGAUGCGAUAUAGAGUUUUGCCCAUCAAGCUUAUUUGAGAAGCCAUUCUGUUUCUGUUGGUUA